AUGAUAAUUUUUGCAUUAAUCACACUGGUGUUGGCCCAAAAAGAGACAUUAGUGAUAAAGUAUCCUUAAGACUUAGCUACGAAACCUGAAUUGGAUUAGAUUAAAUUUAAUAUUGCUAAUUUUGGUUUUGUGCCAUAUGGAUAAAGAAUUGCAGGUGUGCUUGAAGUAGCAUAACCUUUUAAUUUUUGCUCUCCAGAAAUGAAUACUACUAGUAAUUUUAACAGUGACUAUUCAAAUGUAAAGAUACUUCUUGUACAAAGAGGUGAAUGCCCUUUUUACACCAAGGUAAUAUAAAUUUAAGAUAAUUAGACUAUCAAUGCAUAAUCAUUUGGUUAUUAAAUGUUAGUGAUUGUAGACAAUUUUGAUGAAGAAAUAUCAGGAUUGAAUUUAGUAAGUUUGAAUGAAACAAAGGAAAUUGAUAUACCAGCAAUAUUGAUUUCCAAAAAGUAGGGUGAUAUAAUAAAAAAAUAUAUGGAUGCAAAUUAAAAUGAUAAAGUGUAUUUAGUAAUAAAAUUCCCAGAAAUGAUGAAAACAGAAAAAGUUAAAUACCAUUAUUGGUUUAGUGCAAUGGAUAAAUAGAGCUAUUAGUUCUUAGAAUAGUUUUAUCCAUUCCAUAUGGAAAUGAAAGAACAAUUAAUUUUUACUCCACAUUAUUCAAUAGAUAGAUGUGGCAAAUGCAAAAAAGACAAUUAUACAAGUCAACAUUAACAAUGUUUGUCUGGUGGUCGAUAUUGUGCAAGUGAUCCUGAUGGUGAUGGUCCUUUGACUGGAUAAGAUUCUGUAAGAGAAAUUGUUAGAUAAUUAUGUAUUUUCAAAAAAGACAAUGUUAAAUGGUGGAAAUAUGUAGUAAAGUACAGCAAUAAAUGUUUAACUUAAAUGUAAGCUUCAUAAUGCUCAAAUGAUAUUAUGACUCAAGUAGGUCUAGUUCCUGAAGAGAUUUAGGAUUGCUAUGUUAAAAGUUUUAAAUCUAAGAAUGAUGAACUAGAAGAAAAUGAAUUACUUAAUGAGCAAUACUAGACUAACCUCAAUUAUUCUGCAAUGUCAUGGCCAAUUUUAUAUAUCAAUGACCUAAAAUACAAAGGAUCUUUGACUGUCUCUACUUAUACAUUUAAUUAUGAAACUGGAGCUUAACAAUUAUUUGAUACAUCUCAUUUUGGACCUUUGUAAACAAUAUGUAGAAGUUUCAUUGAGGAAUAACUUCCAAAUGUUUGUAAAUAAAGAAUGAUUGGUUAUAUAGAUGAUGGAGUUUGGGUAAUAAAUUCACUAAUUUUAGGUUGAACAUUCUAUAAGUUCUAACACUUGGGUUGUCUGGGUAGUGGUACUCACUACAAUGGUACUCCUUAUGAUUUGUACUACUUUCCUAUAUAAGAGAAUGUUUAGAAAAGAAGCUAAUGAACAGAUUAAUUAAUAAGUAAAUAUCCAUCUGGCUCAAUAUUAUGCAUUGAAUGAAUAAGAGAAAAGUAUGAGAAAGUGAUUU